GAAACGCCGUCAGCCUCAAGACCCUCGCCGAGUUCCUCCCACCUCCUUCGAACAAGCCCAGCUGGCCCGGCCCGGCCCGUCUCCGGGAGGGGAGGGAAGAAAGACUGUUCAUUUGAAUGAGCCGACGAGGGGCGCCCGUGUUCACUCUGCCCAGAGAGAGUCCAACAACUGCGGACGAGUCUCGGAGAGCAUCGCGAAGCGGAUUGGAGAACCAAAAAGCGGAGCUACAAUUUCAUUUCAGCGCCGGCGUGGCUGGUUCAGUGCCAGCGGCGCUCACCUUCGGACACUUGAGUCGGGGUGACCCCCCUCCGCGCCCCCCUUCGCGUGUGUGGCCAUGUGUCGCCGCGUUACAUAGACUCUUUUGUGGAUUGUGUUUUGGAUCAGGAGGACAGGUGGUGGUGAAGUCUGGGACAACACUCACCCCCCCACAACCACCUCCCCUCCGCCCCCCGUUGGAUGUCAGGCCGGCGUAACGGGCUCCGGACUCGGCAUAGACAGGUGCGACGGGGAGGAGUAGUUUGCGCCGAACUCCCUUGACAAUCAAGCGGAUUUUUUUUUUUUUUUCAACAAGCGGACCGCAUCCUCAAACCAACUCUGAACAUUUUCUUCCACUCCAGACUAAUUAAGUGAUGGACGGGUACCUGAAGAUGGAACGUUCAUGACCACCCCGGUGUCUGGACCCACCACGUUUGAGGGGUGAAAACUUUGACCUCAAGCAUCCUGCUGUCUUUUCCGUGGAAGUGGUCUCCCCCCCCCCUCCAUUACCCGGCUCGGCAAUUCUGUUGCCAUGGCGACAGCGGCCCCUCCCUUCCUCUUCCUACUCUGCUGGCUGCUCCGAACAGCCUGCUCCGCAUUCCCCGAGGAACCAGGCCCUAUAAACUUCAUCCCCACCGAAGUGUCAAGACGCUAUCCGGUGUUUCUGGGCCGACCUCACCACACGUGGCAGCGACAAGAACCUCUUCAUAUCCAGAGGGUCAUCCAAGUCAACCGAACACUCUACAUUGGAGCCAGGGAUGACCUUUUCCGAGUGGAGCUGGACAUCGCCGCCGCGGACGAGAUGUUCUACAGUAAGAAACGAACAUGGGAGUCCAACAAGAACGACAUCAGGAUCUGCAGGAUGAAGGGGAAACGUGAGGAUGAAUGCCGGAAUUUCAUGAAGGUACUCCUCAGUCGCCCUGACGGGUUGUUUGUGUGCGGCACCAACGCUUUCAACCCGCUUUGUGCCAACUACACCGGUGACUCUCUGGAAAUGGUCAGCGACCCCGUCAGCGGAAUGGCCAGAUGCCCUUACGAUCCCAAACACGCCAACGUGGCUCUGUUUGCAGAGGGAAAUCUGUUUACGGCCACCGUGACAGACUUCCUGGCCAUCGACGCCGUCAUCUACCGGAGCCUCGGGAACAGUCCCGCUCUUCGCACCAUCAAGCACGACUCCAAGUGGUUCCGAGAGCCUUUCUUCGUCAGCGCCGUGGAGUGGGGCCCUCACAUCUACUUCUUCUUCCGAGAGAUCGCCAUGGAGUUUAAUUACCUGGAAAAGGUUGUGGUGCCCCGUGUGGCCAGAGUGUGCAAGCGCGACCAGGGCGGCUCUCAGCGCGUCCUGGAGAAGCAGUGGACGUCUUUCCUGAAGGCCCGGCUCAAUUGCUCCGUGCCGGGAGAUUCCCACUUCUACUUCAACAUGCUGCACUCCACCAGCCCCAUCAUCAACAUGCACGGCCGCGACAUCAUCCUCGGCGUCUUUUCCACACCGGCCAACAGCAUCCCCGGCUCGGCGGUGUGCGCCUUUGACAUGGAGCAGUUGGCCGCCGUGUUCGACGGCCGCUUCAAAGAGCAGAAGUCAGCCGAGUCCAUUUGGACGCCCGUUCCUGAUGAAGUCAUCCCCACACCAAGACCCGGAGGCUGCGCCGUUCAAGGUUCCAGAUUCAAUUCGUCCAACUCCUUCCCCGACGAGAUGCUUAAUUUUGUCAAGACUCACCCGCUGAUGGACGAGGCCGUCCCGUCGCUUGGACAAAGGCCGUGGAUUGUCAAAACCAUGAUCAGAGGAGCAACACUGGAUGUAGGUUUAAAAACAAGGUACCAGCUGAAUAAAAUUGUGGUGGACUCGGAAGCCGGGCCGCACAGGAACCGCACGGUCCUGUUCCUGGGCUCCAGCCGGGGCACCGUCCUCAAGUUCCUCAUCGUGCCCAACCAGGACAACACGGUCACUAGCAGCAACAUCUUCCUGGAGGAAUUGGAAGGCUUCAACCCCGAAAAAUGCGCCGGUGACUCUCCACAGGCCAGGCAGCUUUUGUCUCUGACUCUGGAUCGAGCCAGUCACACUCUGAUCUUGGCCUUCCCCUCCUGCGUGGUGCGAGUGCCUGUAGCGCGCUGCCAGCGCUUCUCGCGCUGCAUCAAAAACUGCAUCGCCUCCAGGGAUCCGUACUGUGGCUGGACCAGAGGAAGCACCUGCUCCUUCCUUCGCCCUGGAACCAGGCUGCCGUUUGAACAAGACGUCGAGCAGGGAAACGUGGCUCACUUGGGCGACUGCGACGGAUUACUUCAAGAGACGUUCAUCAAGGAGCCGGACGGCCUGGUGUCCGUCAACCUGCUGGUGGUGUCGGCCGUCUCGGCCUUCGCCACGGGCGCCGUCUUCUCCGGCCUGGCCGUCUGUUGGAUCAUGACUCACCGACACCGGCACGGCCGCGGCGCCAAAGGGGCCCGUCGCAAGAACGACAAGGAGCAGAACAUACUCGGGCCCGCCCGCAGCGGCUCGGUGAUGAGCGUGACCAGGACGGGCGGAGGCGAUCGGCGCAACUCUCAGGUGGACAACCCGUUUGUCACAGCCAACGGAUGGCCCAAAGGCGACUUGGACCCCGGCCUGCUGCCCACACCUGAGCAGACGCCGCUGCAGCAGAAACGGGUCAUGCGACUGCCCGACACCGACUGGGACCAGAGCCAAACCUUCCUCACGGCCGUCGGGCCUCCUUGCCCCAACAACUCGGUCAUCUACCUGAGCUCCAAGUUCCUGCAGGGAGGCGGAGGCGGCGGAGGAAUGGUCCGGAUCGACGAGCCGGGCGAGGUUCUGUUGCCGCCGCACGCCGAGCGCCAGCGCUACCUGAUCCUCUCGGCCCAGCGGGGCGGGAACGGCGCCGGGCGUCCGGCGGGCGCCCUGAGGAGCUCGGCGGGGGACUACAUCUACCCGAGCACGCCGCAGGAGUCUCCGGACCGGCGGCGGGUGGUCUCGGCGCCCACGCCCCACGCGGACUACGGGGAGCCUCGCUGGAGCCACGAGGCGCUCAACUACAACGGCAACAACGGCGUGAACGGCGUGCCGUACCACCCCCAGCGCCUCAUCAGGCCGGAGAUGCACGGGCUCCGAGGUGGACUCGGACAACUGGCCGACUACAGCCACCUUCUUGUAAAGAGCGAGAGAACCCCGAGUGUCCAGUGAGGUCACUGAAAUCUCUCUGAGCGACCUCCACCCCCCCCCUGCAACUGGAAGAAACCAAUCCGCCCCCCCUCCACCUUUUACUUUCCCUUUUUGUCCUCUCUCGCCGUCAUUCAACGUUCUGACGUCAUUCCGCCGACCGGAGGGAGAGAGACGAGAAGCAAAAGGGACACUUGUACUCAAACAUGGCCGCUCCUCUUUGGGCGCACCCCUCUCGCUCUGCUUGUGGUACGACCCGCGGAGCGCAGGACGCGGUUAUGGGCUGCUUAGGGAGGCGGAGCCUCAGGGCGAAAUGAUAGCGUGGGGACAAUGAUGGACGAUUUGGACUUGUCGAGGCACGAUUGCAAUGCCUCCCCUUCACCACCGUGUAUAUUUUACUUUGUGCUAUUCUCUGUGGCUAUUGUCGCCGUGCCACACGGAGGUCCGUGUGCGUUUGUAUGUCUGCGUGUAUUUGGGACUGAAGCGAUUGGGCGCACGAGUUAUCGUGCCAAAGUGCGGGUGCUCAACUUGCAGUGUUAUUUGGACAGGAAAUUAGCGUCGACUAAUCAACGGAGGCUUAUUUAUUUCAACACACCAUUAAUUGUUUCCACCCCGCCGAAUGCUUAACAAUCAAUUCACGGGAUAAUCGUUUUUGAUUAUGCCCAUCCCGGGGAAGAAGUAAACAUUGCGCGACCUUGUUACGAGCCAUCCGAGUGAACUUGUGGACCUCGUCAUGGCCGUUUAAAAGCUUAACAUGCGUGAAGGAGAGCAAUAAUCAACAAGAGGAAAACCAGAGGAUGAUUUUUCCAAUCUGUUUUCUCAGUAAAGGGCUUUUUGGGAAAAUGAACAAAGCCCCUUUUCCAUCGCGUCCCCCCCCCCCCCUCGCUAUCGGGUCUCAUCUGACCUGACCUCAAGCUUGGCGAACGUGAGCUGCGGCCGUCCGGUGCCGUCUCGCUCGGGAGCUCCAUUCAGUUCGCUCGUUGCCAACACUGAGCCUCUUUGUGCGCUAACAAAUAGCCGCUAAGAGUCAGACAGCUCGCCUCACGGAAUAGCAAUGAGGAAGGGCGAACCCAUCCAUCCAUCUUGGGAGAUAAGACAGGGCCCGGCCCGGCCCAGCCCAGCUCAGUCAGUGGUGGCUUAAACAAUAUCACAAGCACUCAUCUACUUUUGCAAUGUAAUAUCGGUUCCAUAGAAUUGCUUCAACGGAUUCCAUUGCCUUUCUCUUGGCUCCAUGGCUUCCAGUAUGUGUAAAUGGAUGUUACAUUUUCUCCGCUCAUAUUUCAGUUUGUGUCGCCAUGUCAAUCUCAUCCACCCAGAGA